GUGUCCCACUUGUCUUUCUUUGUGUUUUUUAACGUGCGAGGAGCAAAACCGAUGAGAUGGUUUCUCAGGGGAUUCAGAUCAUCGGCAUAUCGAUGGCCGUGAUCGGCUGGUUCAUGGUCAUCGUGGUGUGCGCCUUGCCCAUGUGGAAGGUCACUGCUUUCAUUGGAGCCAACAUCAUCACGGCUCAGACCAUCUGGCAGGGCAUGUGGAUGAACUGUGUGGUGCAGAGUACAGGCCAGAUGCAGUGCAAGAUGUAUGACUCCAUGCUGGCUCUGCCCCAAGACCUACAGGCUGCUCGGGCCAUGAUCAUCAUCUCCAUCCUGACCGGAAUCUUUGGAGUGGUCUUGUCAAUCGCUGGCGGGAAAUGCACCAACUGCAUCGACGAUGAGCGAUCCAAGGCAAAGGCUUGCAUCCUGGCUGGAGUUCUGUUCAUCGUCUCCGGGUUGCUCUGUCUCAUUCCAGUCUCCUGGUCUGCCAACACCAUCAUCACCAACUUCUACAACCCGCUGCUGAUCGAAGCCCAGAGGUAUGAGUUAGGAGCAGCACUGUACAUCGGCUGGGCGGCUGCUGCACUGCUGCUGAUGGGAGGGGGACUGCUGUGUUGGAACUGCCCGCCCAAACACGAACACCCCCACUAUGUACCCAAAUUCACACCUGUGAAGUCAGUCUCCACAUCAAGAGAAUAUGUGUGAGAUGGUUUGCACUUCCUUCACGGGCUCUCGAGGCCACAGGAAUUGCAACAGAGGGAAACGAUAGUUUGCUUCCGAACUCAAAGAUAUAAUCACAGGCGAUGUAAAUAUGGUAUGAAAUCGCAGCUUCCCACAAACCAACCCAUGAGGUUUUAUUGCAGUUAGUGUAUUUGUCAAGUUGACCUUUCUCUCUGCGGACAUUUUGCCUUUUCAAGCUGUUGUGACCAGCAGCGUAAACAAUGGCUGCAUGCCAUUUAGUUGUGCCAGCAGGUCCUGGGACUCUGUGUCCUGGUUGUCACACGUGAAUGGAACCAUGUCAUCAUUGAUGUUACCGCUCUGAUUUUCCUGCCGUGUCUACGUCAACACCAGAAACGAUUCUUGGCUUACGAUUAUUUUUUAUUUAAAAUGUAAAUGAAAUUUUCUGAAUUCACAUUGUGUUUGUAGCAGGUUGAUGAAUAACUUGGAUUUGCAUCAUGAUAAUUAAUCAGUGUAAAACUUCAGUCAUACUAAAGGCAGAGUAUGUACAGCUUCCUUCAUGUUUAACUUCUGCUUGAGCCGGACCUGCAGUGAUAACAUCUGCCUUAAGAUCAAAAGGUAAUUGCUCUCUCUUGCAAAACGCUGCAUUCAGCAUAAUAUGAGCAGUUUUAUUUGUUGUCCUCUUCACUUUCGCUGCCUGCACAUUCGCUUGAUAUUUCUGUGUUUGCUUGAGAAGACAAAUUUUCUAUCACUGUAAAUAAAGCACACUCUCAGUGGA